GGCACUGACAGGGUUAAUCAUACCCAUAUGGUGUACCAAGAGGUUUCCAAUGCUGCUGCGGGCCAAGAGCAGCCGAGAGGAAGGCAGGGGAGGGGGCAGAGCAGACUGGAGAGAACAGCGGGACACACUCACUCCAACACCUGCAACCUGCUCUCCAUUUGCGCGUCCAGCCCCUGGAAAAGACGCAUAAAACAACUCCAUUCAAAGCAACUUUUUCGGAAACGGGACGAGCCAGCGCGUAAAAGAGACGCGUUUUAACCGUGUCCGUGUCCGUUUUCACUUGGGAUUUUACCGACCGAACUGGAUACGGCCCCGUCGCGUUCAGGGCAGAGAUCCGCAGCGGCUCUGAGUGUCUCCAAACGCGGGGACAUGUAGCGCCAACAUCCCCUGAAGAAGUUUCCCUGCUUCUCCCCGAGGCUCGACAGAAGCGCGAGAUUUAGAUCUCUGUGGUCUACCUGCAUGACGGUUGCCAUGGCAGCGGCCGGACUCCUCCCCCUGCUGGUGGCGUGUGUGUGCGGAGGCCUGGCCCUGCAGUCCGCUCCCAGGAUCCGACUCUCCUUCAAAGAGCUCAUGGACACUCGUGCGGCGCGGCCCUUCAGCUUCUCCUUUAACACCAGCGACUACCGGAUCCUGCACAUGGACCAGGACCAGGGCCGGCUGUACCUGGGCAGCCGGGAGUACCUGGUGGCCCUCGACAUGCACAACGUGAACAAGGAGCCCCUCAUCAUCCACUGGCCGGCGUCAGCGAAGAGAAAGGGAGAGUGCCAGAUGACGGGAAAAGGAAAACAGGGCGAAUGUGCCAACUUUGUACGGAUGAUAGAGCCGUGGAACCGCACCCACCUGUACACCUGCGGGACGGGGGCGUACCAGCCCAUCUGCACCUUCAUCAACCGGGGCUGGAGAGCGGAGGACUACCUGUUUCGACUGGUCCCGGGUUAUGUGGACUCUGGGAAGGGAAAAUGUUCGUACGAUCCCAAACAGGAGAACGUGGCCACUCUGAUCAAUGACAGUCUCUACGCCGGCGUCCACAUCGACUUCAUGAGCACAGACGCGGCGCUGUUCAGGACGAUGGGCGGGAGGACGGCGAUCAGGACGGAGCAGUACGACUCGAGGUGGCUCAACGAGCCGGUGUUUGUGGAGAUCCAGCAGAUUCCCGACAGCGCCGAACGGAACGAUGACAAACUCUACAUUUUUUUCCGGGAGAAGAGUCUGGACUCAAACGGAGCCAGCCCCAGUGUCCUGGCCCGAGUCGGACGAGUGUGUUUGAACGAUGAAGGAGGGCAGAAGUCCUUGGUGAACCGCUGGACCACGUUCCUCAAAGCGCGGCUGAUCUGCUCGGUGAUCGGGGAUGAUGGCGUGGAGACUCGCUUCGACGAACUACGAGACGUGUUCAUUCAGCCCACUCAGGACGAGCGUAACCCGAUGGUGUACGCGCUCUUCACCACCGCCGGUUCCGUGUUUAAAGGCUCUGCGGUCUGCGUGUUCUCCAUGUCCGACAUCCGGAAUGUUUUCAACGGGCCCUUCGCCCACAAGCACGGGCACAACUACCAGUGGACCGAGUACACGGGCAAGAUCCCCUACCCCCGGCCCGGGACGUGUCCGGGAGGAACCUUCACUCCAGGCAUCCGCUCCUCCAAGAACUUCACAGAUGAGGCUGUGAAUUUCAUCCGGGCCCAUCCCCUCAUGUUCCACCCCGUGUACCCGAUCCACCGGCGCCCCCUGGUGGUGAGGACGGGGGUGGAUUACCGUUACACUGCUCUGGUGGUGGAUCAGGUGGACGCGGUGGACGGACGAUACGAGGUGCUGUUUUUGGGAACAGAUCGAGGGACCGUGCAGAAGGUCAUCGUUCUGCCCAAAGACCCGACCUCGAUGGAGGUGCUGACCCUGGAGGAAGUGGAAGUGUUUCGGACUCGAGCCGCCGUCAAGACAAUGAAGCUUUCAUCCAAACGACAACAGCUGUACGUGUCGUCGGACGCGGGUCUGACCCAGGUGUCGUUGCACCGCUGUGGCGUGUACGGGCGGGCCUGCUCCGACUGUUGCCUUGCCCGGGACCCUUACUGCGCCUGGGACGGGGAGAGCUGCUCGGCCUUCACCCCGUCCACCAAGAGGAGGAGCAGACGACAGGAUGUGAAACAUGGAGAUCCACUGAGACAGUGCAGAGGUUUUAAUGCUAAAGUGGAGAAGCGGCUGAAGGAGACGGUGCAGUUUGGGGUGGAGGGCAGCAGCACGUUUCUGGAGUGUCAGCCUCGUUCUCCUCAGGCCACGGUCAAAUGGCUUUACCAACGCGAAGGCAAACGGAAACUGCUGAACCGAGUCGGGGGCGUUUUAAAGACCAACCACGGAAUCCUGCUGAAAUCUCUCAACCAAUCGGACGCGGGUUUGUACCACUGCCUCGCAACAGAGAACAACUUCAAACACACGGUGGCUCGCGUCGCUCUCCGCAUCUUGGACCGGGAUAUAGUUUUAGCUCUGACCGGUCAAGACGAAGACGAAGAGCCCAAAACGCGCCACCCUCCUCAUCCUCAGCCGCACCUGUCCACGCCGUUUCCCCCGGAGAUCAGACUGAUAAACCAGUACUGUCAGUCGUACUGGGACCAGCUCAGCCCCAAACAGCAGCAGAGGAAACGCACCAGCCGCAGGCACACGGAGGGACAGGACCAGGGUCUGGGCUAGAGCCCAACGCAGCAUUUUGGACUAAGAUGGAUCCACACACACUCAUGUCUCAGCUCCGCCCCCGAGGUGAAGGGUCACGGUCAGGCCUGUCACGAGAGCACGUUCUGAAGAGCGACAUUCUGUAUAAACUAAACGAUAAACCAUAAUGUUUGUGUAAACCGUCAGUGUCCAGGUCUGAUUUAGCAAAAGAUGAAAUUAAAUCUGUCCACUGGAAACUUCUACAACUCUCCUACAACUCUCCUACACUCCUACAGCUCUCCUACAACUCUUCUACACUCCUACAACUCUCCUACAACUCUCCUACAACUCUCCUACACUUCUACAACUCUCCUACACUUCUACAACUCUCCUACAACACUCCUACACUCCUACAACUCUCCUACAACUCUCCUACACUCCUACAACUCUCCUACACUUCUACAACUCUCCUACACUCCUACAACUCUCCUACAGCUCUCCUACAGCUCUCCUACACUCCUACAACUCUCCUACACUCCUACAGCUCUCCUACAACUCUCCUACAGCUCUCCUACAACUCUCCUACAGCUCUCCUACACUCCUACAACUCUCCUACAACUCUCCUACAGCUCUCCUACACUCCUACAACUCUCCUACACUCCUACAACUCUCCUACACUCCUACAACUCUCCUACACUCCUACAGCUCUCCUACAACUCUCCUACAGCUCUCCUACACUCCUACAACUCUCCUACAUCAAUUUGUCCAGUCGACUGAUCUCAGUCUGGUCCUCGUCCAAUCAGAUCUGUUUAUUUCAGUGACACAUGUGAAACGAAGCAGCUCAUUGGUCGCCUCUGGUUUACAGAUAAAAUCACAUUUCCACAGUUUAAACUUCGCUCAGUGAUUCUGCACAAAUCCAACAUGUUUUUCAGCUCUGUGAGAUUUUUUUUCCUUAAUUUUUUCCGAUGCGGACGGCGCGUGUCUCUGAUUGGCUAAUCCACCUGUCAAUCAUCAUUUGAAAACAGGGACCAGACUCACAUUUUAUUGGAGAAGUGUCUGGAUCGAAUCUGUAAAACACUGAUAUGGUUUAAAAAAAGAGCUGCACUAAAUAAAAGACACAGGAGUUUAGUGCUAAAGUUUUAUCUUUAUAAUGAGACACAGAAAAUCUCAAAUCUUAGCACGAAAAAUAUAGUUCCCUCUUUUUAUUGAAUAAUGACUCCACAUAGAUAUUAUUCUAGAGAUGAUUGUGUUUCUCGCGGUGACAGGCCUGACCCCGGUGGCCGUUCUGCUCGUGCGGUUCACACUGUCAGUGGUUUCAUGUCAGAUCGAUCUAAAAUAUGUAAAGAUUUGUAUAUUUGAUUUUUACUUCAUCUGUUUAUUGUUUUGCUGCUUUAAGGUUUGUGCUCUUUAGUGGGAUUAAAGACGCACUGUGUACAUUUUCUGGCGCCGCGUUGACACCUGCUGCUCUCCACAGACUCUCGGACUGGACUGAUUUUCUUGUUGAGUUACAGACUUUUAUUUUUGUUUUUAAGCCGCAGCUGUUUCACAUUUUGGAUUUAGUCUUUGGAGCUUUUUACAGACCGUAGACUCUCAUGUAAAGUCUCCCACUCUCAAACACACAAACACAGCUCCAAAGGCUGAACUCUGGAGAUGAAGCUGGAUAAACAUGUAUAAUGCCACACUGCGGAGCAUUCUAAAAAGCAAAAACGUUUUCAUAGAGACCAGCAGGUGGCGCACCCUCUGCCAGAAAUGUUACACAAAUGUUACACAAAUGUUACACAAAUGUUACACAAAUGUUACACAAUGUGUCUUUCACAUGUGGCUGUUCAGAUUCAGAUCAAUUCACUGGAGAAACUUUGGUCGUUCACUGCAAAAAAUAAAUCACAUGUUCAAACAGAAUCAGAAAAAUAAACUUUAUUUUAUAAAAAAAAACAAAAGAGAAAACGUCAAGAAAUAAUUAACUGAACCUGAGAGAUUUUUUGCAGUGUAAGCGGCUGUGCUCAACUUUCAGAGUGGACAUGUGUCUCAGAGUGGACAUGUGUCUCAGAGUGGACAUGUGUCACACAGUGGACAUGUGUCACACAGUGGACAUGGACAGAAAAACACAUUUUUGUACAAAGGCUGAGCUGAAUCAUCGACGCGGCCCCGUCGCCGGGGUCGUGUCGCCGGGGUCGCGUCGCCGGGGUCGCGUCGCCGGGGUCGCGUCGCCGGGGUCGCGUCGCCGGGGUUGUGUGUGACAUGUUUGUUCUGGUGGCUCUUGUGUCAUGUUUUUGAAAAUAGGAAGUCGUUGCACUUUACUCCCCUCCACAGUAAAAGCUCCUCGUCAUUUGAUAUAAAACAUCACCCAGAAAAACAGCCACAUUUUCUGUUAAAUGUGUUUUUGCCGUUUAAGUACAACAAUAAUCCUUUUAUCGGCAAUUAAUCAAAUUUUAACCAAAUUUCAUAGGUUUAAAUUGUCUGACAAGAUUUUUGUUUUUAUAAAGAGGUCGACAGCCCGUCCCUCGUCAGGGGAAGCAGUUUGUGAAAAAUGGCACUUAUUAAAAGUUUGUGUCGUUUAUGUUCAUAAAAUCAAUAGACUCUGUGCACAACAGCGCCCUCUACCUCACCGUUAGCAUCACUACUUCCUGUCCAGUUUUAUCUCUGAGGUUUUUGACGAGUCUCGCUAAAAUUAAUAAAUAUUAAAAGAUGAGGCAGUGGACAGGGGUCAGGGGUCAGAGGGUGAGGGGGUUAAGGGCAGACAGUGGACAGGGGUCAGAGGUCAGGGGUCAGAGGGUGAGGGGGUUAAGGGCAGACAGUGGACAGGGGUCAGAGGUCAGGGGUCAGAGGGUGGACAGGGAGCUGCAGGUGGACGUCACUGACACGUUAAACACGACACAAAUAAAAUGAACGUCUGUGUUUAGAAAGAGACACGUUUGUGUCUGAAUGCUAACGCUAAUGCUAAUGCUAAUUUUGAUGCAUAAUAAAUAUUAAAAGAACACCACAGAAUUAAGCAUUCUACAUUUACAAACAAUAAGGUAGUUUUAAUUUUAUUUCAUUUGAGUUUUAAAAGGUUGUUUAUUUUAAGUUUUUGAUUUUAAUCAAAGUGAGUGUUAGCUUUGAGACACAGCUAGCGUGCUAAUGUGCACAGAGCCUAUUAAUGUGUUUUAAUAGGCAGAAAAUCAAACUGAAAUAAGGACCAGGACUUAUAUAUAUAUUUUUCCACAUCACGCGUUUAGCUGCUCCGGUUGUUUCUGUUUCCAUCGUGUUCCCUUUGCUUCUCUUUUACUGUGUUGUUCAGUAAAGUGUUUCCUGCUAAACCUGGACUUAUUUAAACUAAAUGUAAUAUAUAAUGCUAAUGUAAAGUGGUGAUGCUUUUGUGUUCAAAUCGUAUGCUAAUGCUAAUGCUAAUGCUGCAUGCCCAUAUGUUGCAAGUUGUAAAUGUUCCUGUUUCUCUUCUCAGUCGUGGUGUUUUUGUACCGUUCGGUUUAAGCUAAUUCCAUUUGAUGUGGUCAGACUCGCGGUGACCGACAGUCGUGACGUUUGCGUGUUUCUUCCAGUUCUGCACUUUUGUUGGUGGUGGAUUUUCGAGGGAACCUGAGAAUUUUUUGCACAUUGGGGAAAAAAAAUGAACAUAUUUUUGGUUUGUACAUUACAUUUUAAAAUAGGAUGGAAGCCGUUCAGACUGUAUAUUUCAUUGUUGUGUCUCGUGUUGUAUUUCAGACAUAAAAAAGCACUUCACUCUAAA